AUGAAAGCAAUGAUCUUCCAAACGUUACCGGGAGAUAUUCUAAUGCAAGUUGCGCAAUACGAAAGUGCAAAAGAAGUUUGGGAUGCAAUCGAAGUACGAUAUCUUGGAGCCGAUAUGGUUCAGAAAACGCGUCUGCAAACUUUGAGAAGUGAAUUAGAAGCCUUAAAGAUGGGAGAAAACGAAACAAUAAGUAGUUUCGCAAGCAUACAAAAGUUUUUACCGAUUGUGGCAUCCAUCGAGCAGUAUUCAGAAAUAGAUAAAAUGACAUUUGAGGAAGCAGUGGGUAGGAUUACAGCAUUUGAAGAACGCCUCAAGAGCCCAAACCAACCGGAGAACAAUAAUCUGUUAAUUGCAAGUUCAGACAAUCAUUCCGAAAAUUGGCAUCAUGGAAAAGGAUGUGGCGAUCAAAAUCAUGGUAGAGGACGUAGAGGAAGUUCGUUUAGAGGAGGACGAGGACGUGGACGAAAUAUAGAUCGAGGAAAAAGAGACAAGAGUGAGUUAAAGUGUUAUGAAUGCAGUGAAUUCGGUCACUUCGCAUACGAGUGUAGCAAGCGAAAAGAUAAGGAAAAAGAGAAGGACGAAGAGGCUCAUCUUGCGUUGGAAGAAGAACCAAUGCUACUGCAAGUCAAGCAACUUGAAGACCUAUAA